CGGUACAAAACAGCAGUGGUCGUGGCGUCUUGAGGUUAGCAGAUGCGGGCUAGCUCUUCCUCCGGGCGGACACUCUGCAAAGAUGAUCCCGGGACCCCUGCUCAUCCUCCUGGUCCUUAGCUGUGUGUGCGGGACAGUGGUCAGCGAAAGAGAGCUGGUUUAUGUCACUGUGCUGUUUCGUCAUGGAGACCGAUCACCUGUCCACUCCUACCCCACAGACCCCUACCAAGAGAGUGCCUGGCCUCAAGGCUUCGGCCAGCUUUCUCAGAUUGGGAUGGAACAACACUACAAGCUUGGACAAUUCCUGCGACACCGCUACACUGGUUUCCUUAAAGAAUCUUAUGACCGCCAUGAGAUAUUGGUGCGUAGUACAGACUACGACCGGACAUUGAUGAGCGCUGAGGCUAAUCUUGCAGGUCUGUACCCACCAAAUGGUUCCCAGGUCUUUAACCCAGACAUAAAAUGGCAGCCUGUCCCUGUGCACACUGUCCCAAUGUCUGAGGAACGGCUUCUUUCAUUUCCUCUGAAUGACUGCCCUCGCUACAAACUGCUGAUGAAUGAAACUGAACAGACUGAAGAGUUUCUGAACACCACUGCUUUGUACGAGGAUGUCAUUGAGCUGGUGAGAAAUAAAACCUUAUUAAACAAGACAGACAUCGAAUCCGUUUGGGCCGUCUAUGAUACAUUAUUCUGUGAGGCUCAGCACAACAUGACUCCUCCAGUCUGGGUCACUCCUGAAGUCAUGGCCAAGCUCAAAUACCUGAAGGAUUUUGCAUUUCGGACAAUCUUUGGACUAUACAAGCAAACAGAGAAGAGCCGCCUACAGGGAGGUAUGCUUUUAGGAGAGAUAGUGAAGAAUCUGACUCGAAUAGCCGCUGAAGACCCCAAACCACAACUUAAGUUCAUGAUGCUGUCAGCUCAUGACACUACUGUAGCUGCUCUCCAGGCUAGCCUUAAUGUUUUCAAUUUCAUUCAACCACCUUAUGCAUCUUGCCAUAUCUUUGAACUCAACAAGGAGGAUAAUGGAGUUCUUACAGUGUCCAUGUUUUACCGCAACAGCACUGAACUCUACCAACUGCAAUUACCUGGCUGUGCUCUUUACUGCCCCCUUGAGGAAUUCAAAGCACUUACAAAGCCUUCUAUUUCUGAUGAUCGGGAUAAGGAAUGCCAGCUUCCUUCAGAGGGAACAAAGAAAGAAGUAAUCAUUAGCCUAGCAGUGUCCGGCUGCCUUCUCUUCCUCCUCAUCGCCAUCCUCCUCGCGGUCAUCUGCCGGCAGACGGAGCCAAUGAGAUCGCGGGGAUACCAUCAUGUGAUCAACGAGGCUGAGUCCUGACAGAAGUGCGAGCUCCUGCCUCCCAAAUGCACACGGCUCACUUCCUGGGACAAUACUGAAGAGAGUGAAGAUGAUGAACUUUGACCUCUCUGUUCCUGGAGUUAAUUGAGUGAACUCUAAAUGACCUACAGGGGGUCCAGGGGUGGCACAGGGGGUGAUAUGACUUGAAAAGUUCUGGUUUAGUUGACAGUGGGUCCACUAACUUUCUGCUGGGUGAGGGACAAAUAUUUGUCCUAAAAAAUGAAAUUCUAUAUAUGAUUCAACUCUUGGAUAUGCUGAUAAUUGUGCAUUUGGAAACAGUAGAAGUUUUAUAAAUUUCAAGGGCUAAGUGUUAAAAGGUCCUAUGUUUCUUCAUCAAAAAAAUACCUAGAGUUGAGUUUUGUUUCAUUCAUACAUGUUUAACACACAAACCCGUAUUUAGGCUUAGUUCUUCACACAUACAGAAAACACUCCACCUUCCACCUUUGUGAUGUCAUGUGGUUAUACGAAAUGGGCUCCACUGUGUUUUUAAAGUCCAUACACCUUCACUAGAAUCAUUUGGAUGAUUUCAAAUCUGGAAUUGCCAGUCUUUACUACUAAACUAAAGGGAAACAGUAGCUGUUAACUUGAACCAGAGCAUCUGGAGCUUUGGAGACACAGACAAAUAAUAAAGGCUUUCUCAAACAUGUGCAUGAAACAAAACACAACUCCAGGUAUGUUUUUUGGAUGAGCUAACAUUGUAACAAGGCGUAAAGCUUACUAGAGUGAAUAUUGCGUGAUAUAGGACCUUUUUAAGGGGAAAAUGUGCCUUACCUUCUUAAUCUUCCUCUUGGGACUAUUUAGUUUAAGUGUUUGUCUUAUAGCUUUACUUGUCUUUCCACCUACAUCUGUUUACAGUUGGUUACAAGAGACACAAGUUUCAUUGAGAUGCAGUGCAAUAUUCCUCAAUAUUCCUGAAAAUAUCUGAACAACAUUAUACAAGCUUGUCAAAAACUAUGCAUAGUUUUGCGUUUGUUUAAAUUAUAAGACAUGUAGCUGUCUAGAAAUUGCCGUAUGAUGUAAAGUAGGGUAAUUUCAUGCACUGGAUUGCUAGUAUUACUAAGAUGCAUUGUUAGCUGUCUAUAUUUGGUCAAAAAAAACAUGGGGUGAACACAUUUUGUACAAGCUGAAAUUAAAUAAAUGUAUUGAUUUUGUUGA